AUGGCCUCUUUAAGCUGUGGUUACAAGUGUCUGCGGAUUUUUCUAGUGGUAUUUAAUGUCCUCGUUUGUACAUGUGGGAUUGUUGCAGUUGUAAUUGGAAGUUUCUCCCAAGUUGCUAUUAAUAAAUAUUCCUCUGGAGUGGAUUCAAAUAUCAAAUGGCUCGUAAUCUUUGUAAUAGCACUUGGAUGCUUCCUAGUUGUGUUUGGAUUUCUUGGGUUUUUUGGAUUGGUUACCAAGAAUACCUUCUGUCUAAUCUUGUACACCUCUCUACUGUCAGCCGUUGUGCUGAUCGAAAUAGCGGGAGGAGUAGCGGCAGCUGUGCUAAGAAAAGACGUAAAAACUCAAUUCCAAUCUCUGAUUAAAAGCUCCGUUUCUGAAUAUAGCAAGAAUCCGGACUUGAAGAAACUCUUAGAUAAGAUACAAACAGAGUUUCAUUGUUGCGGCUCUGAAUCGCCAAAGGACUACAUAUUGACUAGGCAAACCAUCCCUGAUUCAUGUAAAAAUCUAGAAACUAAGAUUCCAUACUCAGAUGGUUGUUCAUGCAAAGUAAUCGCCUUCUUUGAAAAGUAUAUUAUUGCUGUUUUAGUAGCGGUAUUUGUAUUUGCCAUCCUCCAAUUGUCGUGUAUUGUUUUUGCUAUCUGUGUAUUUGGUACAUGUUUAAUUGUUAUGGGCAGUUAUGUACAUCUAUUUCUGAGUACAUUUUUACGUAAUAUGCCAGUUCAUAUGUUAUCAUUGACAUUUAUCAUGAUGGCACUUGGAUGUCUUCUGUUCUCACUUGGUAGUAUUGGUAUAUUAUUCGUUUUAACUGGACGUCGAAGAAUUAAUGCACUUUAUACAGUACUGUUGAUAGUGGCUGCAUCAAUCAGUAUCAUUGUUAUUGUAACGACAUCCAUUUUGCGUAAAAAGAUGGGUAUGAUGUUUCGAGAUAUCAUCAAAUAUUCUAUCAACCAGUAUACUAGGAAAAAUAGUUAUGCAGCAUUUGUGAACACAAUACAAUUGCAGCAUAAAUGUUGUGGUGCAAAUUCAGUCAUGGAUUAUACUGUGAGUAAUCUCUCAGUACCAGUUUCAUGUUAUCCUGACAAAGCCAUAAUACCGCAUAAAAAAGGUUGUGCGAAAAUGCUUAACGCGAUCGUCCAAUGUCAUUUAACUUACAUCACUUCAUUACUGGUCGUGUUUUUGCCGAUGGACAUAGCCUCAAUGGUUUGUGGUAUACUUAUGCUACACAAAGUGAAAUUUGUCCCAUGGAAAACAAGAUUUGCUCAUUGUUGAUAGCUUCAAUAAUAUUGUUUAAUUGAUAAUUUGACAUUUAUACUAUUGUAAUGAACCGACAAUGAGAAUGUAACAUUGUUUGAGCAUCUUCGAUGUAACUGUGAAACACUGUCAGUUGGUUUUGUCGAUAUCAUUUUACAUUUGUGGCAACUCUUAUACAAUCAAAUUCGAUUGUCGUUAAAUUUUGUUAAGCGCUUUCAUUAGCUUAACUAACAGACAAUGUUAUUCGAACAGUAACAAUUCGUUUAUUUCUUUGUACUAUUAUGACCAGUAUCUUGUCUGUAUAAACGAGUGCGCUUGUUCACAUGAUAGCCACACAUAUACUUCUCUGGCUAAAAUGUCGAUGGCUCAAAUGUCGCUCGAUGAAUCAUUCUGUUCCCCAUGUCCUCGAAUCCUAUUAUUAGCCUUUGAAUUGCCUAGCUGGGCCUUAUUCAAUUUGAUUAUAAAUUCACCUCUGUAUUUCCUCUUUUUCAUUGCAGUCAAACAGCAUAUUAUAAGAUAUCUGAGAUCCUGUGCGUUAACCAGUAUCCUAAUGUAUGUUACUAUGUUACCUAUAAACAGUACUGACGCAUGUGAAUCUGCGGGUUCAGUUCCGGAUCCAUAUAUUAAUGUAAUACAAACUAUAAGGUAGUUAGGUCUGAGCAGUGUAGAGGAAGUGACCAAGAGAGAAAAUAAGGUAAAUAAGUGGCUCACUGUCACACCUACGAUAGGAAAAGUCAAGUAAGAAAACAGGACGUGACCUAUGCGUUUGAUGCUGAAUUGAAAUCGGAGUGCAAGAAAGAGACGGUUUCAGGAACUAAGAUUC